AUGGAGAAGACUCGCCAUUUGAAGCGCCCAGACAACUGGGCAGAUGUUAACAAUGACAACAACAACGACAACAACGACAACGACAACGACGACGACAACAACAACUGGGUAGAUGUUGAUAACAAUAAGGGCACUAAGGACGCUGAGCAAUCACCAGAGGCUGCAUCAAGGAAGAAGAAACACAAGGAGCGCGCAGAGGCAGAGCGCCUAGUGGCCCUGACAUCUUCAAGACUAGCAGGGGAUCAAAAACAGAGCAAAACCCUGCCAAAAUCUCGAAAACGAAUGCUCGUACGGUCAGGUUCAUAUCUGCAGAAAAUGACCCGUUGGCUGCACAAACGGAGCUGCCAUAUAGCCUACCUGGCGCGCCGCGCCGUACGCGCUCAGCUACUAGGGCAGCAGCGAACCAGACUCAUUAAACUGGUGGAGCUACACCAAAUAUACGAGUCUCGGAGGGGGCAGGAGAGGUUAUCAAGUAGCUACAUAGUUGUGUGCCGAGCUGGUGGCGUUUGGUGGCGUAUUGAGGCUUAA